AUGUACAUUCCAGACAGCGAGGUUAGUGUUCCUUGUGACGACACGUCUAGUAUUUACAGCCGAUCCUCCACAUCCCCCAAGUUCUGGCGACCAGCCUCAACCCCCUUACCAUCUCAACACAGCCUACCGGAGAUCAACUCGCUAGACCACCAGAUUGCACUACUCCAGGGCUCUACCAUCGCACUUGAAACCACCCGAGCACGUCUACAGGCGGGCAAGACCGAGCGGAGGAAAUCGGAGCAGGAAGCGGUGAGCGAGAAACUCCGGCAGUACCACAAGCAGGAGGCCGAGAACCGUUUCUACCGGACGUGUCGGAGUAAUCUGCAUCAGCUUCUACAAACCUCUUCCGACGUAUAUGAUAUGCUGGAGCUGCAAUGCGAGUUUGAACCUGAAGUAAGCCUAUUUGGCAAUGUGAGAUUGCGCAUGGCGGCAGAAACUUUGCAAAUGGCCCUGGAUGCUUCACGCACCCAGGAGGUACAGGCAGAGCAAGAGUGGAAACGCGAGUGGGACCCUUCGCCAGCACACGGAGUCCAAACAGGAUGGAUUUAG